AUGAGGGAUAUAUCUGAUAGGUUUGCUACUGAUUGCAGUAGAGACAGGCUUUACAAGGCAAGGAAAAUUGCCUUAACAUUAGUCAGGGGGUCAGUUGAGGAUCACUAUGCUUAUCUCAGAAGUUACAUAGCUGAGUUGAAAAGGGUAGAUGAGGAGGGUACUUUUGAGGUUGUGAUGGGAAGAGAUGGUGUAUUCCAGGGACUUUACAUAGGUCACAGUGCAUUGAGGAAGGGGUUUAAAGAGAGUUGUAGACCAUUAAUUGGGUUGGAUGGGUGUUUUUUGAAGACCUACCUAGGGGGUAUAUUGAUGUGUGCUGUUGGGAAGGAUGGGAACAACCAGAUGUUCCCAAUAGCUUGGGGAGCAGUGAGUGUUGAAAAUGAGGUCAAUUGGGGUUGGUUUGUGAGUUUACUUGUUAAAGACUUGGAGAUAGGUUCUGGAGAGAACUACACAUUCAUUAGUGACCAGCAGAAAGGACUUAUGAAUGCUGUGAGUACAUAUGCUCCUAGGGCCGAGCACAAGAAUUGUGCCCGGCACAUAUACAUGAACUGGAAGAAGGACAACAAAGGAGCAACACUGAAAACCUUGUUCUGGAGAGCUGUUAGAUCCAGUACAGUCCAGCACUACAAUAAGGUGAUUGAAAAAAUGAAAGCUGAGAGUGUUGGAGCUUAUCAAGAUUUCAUUGGGAGGGAAGUAUCUAAAUUCUGUAAGGCUUUCUUGUCUUUCAAUCCUAAGUCCGACAUGGUAGAUAAUAAUAUAAGUGAAACGUUCAAUGGAUGGAUACUUAGUGCUAGGGGUAAACAUUUGAUUCAUAUGAUGGAAGAAAUUAGGACAUCUAUCAUGGUAAGGCAAGUAAAGAAACUGCAUAAUAUGGCCGAGAUAACAUAUAAGAUUUGUCCUAUGAUAAACAAAAAGCUUGAGAAAUUGAAGUAUGAGGCUAGGAAUUUGAACCCCCUACCUGCUCUUGGUGAUAAGUUUGAGGUUGAGGAAGCUGGGGAUAAGUAUGUGGUGAACAUUCCAUUGAAGACAUGUUCUUGUAGGAUGUGGGAGCUUACUGGGAUACCAUGUAAGCAUGCUAUGUGUGCCAUUAGAUUUUUGAAGGAGGAUCCAUCAGCAUAUGUCAGUGAAUACUACACAGUUAGUAGGUAUUUGCAGGCAUACAAGUAUGCUUUGGAGCCCCUAAAUGGUGAGCUACUGUGGCCACAGUGUGAGGGUGAGAAAAUUAAGCCUCCAGUUGUUAAGAAAAUGCCAGGGAGACCUAAGAAAAAUAGGGUUAGAGAUCCCCUAGAGGUUGAUCCAAAGAACCCUAGCAGACUGAGAAGGAAAUGCCUUGUUAUGACAUGUGGGAACUGUGGUGAACAAGGGCAUAAUACCAGGAGUUGCAAGAAGGAGAAGGUUGAAAAAACUACAACUGAAAAGGGAAAAAGGGGAAGGCCAAAGAAGCCAACUGCUCCAGAAGUUGACAAGGGGAAAAGCCCCAUGCCUUCGAAGGCAGAGUAG